GAGUAACGUUAUCUGUGCCUCGUCUGUAAGUAGUACUCGUUGUUGAUGUUGGACAGCUAACCCAAGCACACACUGUCCAAAUGAUGUAGCCAUGUUUUCUUCCGCUCGUCUCUCCCCAGUCUCUCCAUACACCCGUUCAGGAAAAGCUUUUUCUAAAGCUCAGCUUCCGAGCCUAAAGUAACAGGAGGUGCAAUGACUUCUCUCCAUGUAGAUGUACGUGAACUUGACGUCACUGUAGAUCCUUCAGCUCAACUCUGCACCUGGAUUGUCCCCAUCCAAGACCGACAUGGACAGUUACGGUGACAUCCUGGCAGCAUUGCGGUCGGUUUUUGGACUACUUAUCACGUGCCGCGAAGGAGAUAGUGCAUAUCACGUGCUACAGGCAAGUCGUCAGCCAUUUCUUUCCCAACUCAGCAGCAGCAUCUCCGUGGUUUGCAUUCAGGCAAGCGGGAGUCAAUGAAGAUAGUAUCCCCCAUCUGAUCGUGGUACGUCAAUGUCCUACCAGUACCACCACCGCUUGCACCACGACAUCAGCAGCCGACUGUGUAGUAGUGGUGUGUGGAGGGUACAGGAGAUUGUCAUGAAUGCCAUCAUAAACAUUAACUCCGAGCCCCUAUACUGCGACUAGUACUUAUGCUAGCUAUACUGGAGGUUGGCGGGAGUAUUGCGUGCAUGAAGAUGGUUGUAUAGUCACACAGCGAAUGGCGCGCGCACCCAGUAGGAAUAGUCCGUGAGUGGAGCGAGCGCAUGCACAUACGCGCGUGGUGUACGUAGCUUGUCGCUGGCUGGUACAUGGUUGCGUCAGCAAGUCAGCCAAGCAUGGUAAUCUACAAUGCAAUGGCUACAGUUAUGUAUGUCCGUGUACUUCGGAAGACCUGUAAGGCUGUAUGCCUUGCUUAGCACCGCGGCACAGGCUAACUAGCUAGGUUGGGAAUGGGAGAGAACAGCUCGGCGGCAAGGAUCGAACCGGGUUCACCUCGCCGAGCACCAGCACGGAGCUAUUCUGCACAAGUCGGUGAAGUGUCGGUGUAGCGACUGCGUUGGAGGGGACCGCGUGGCCUGUGCGUUCUGGCGGCGUUUGCACCUGCACAAUUGGAGGCGUCCAUUCUGGUCUACAUCCCUGUCCGGAACACACGUCGCAUCUGUGGUUGCGUGUGUAUGUGUGUGUACGUGUGGCAAGUCUCUAAGACCCAGGCGUCGUUGAUCGAAUAACUUCAUAGCACGGAAGGCUUCUCCAAGCCAAGACGGGCGCUCUAGAUGGAAAGAAAACGUUCACCAAGAGGCAAGAAGACGUUUGAGAGGAUCCCACGGGUGACGCGAUCCCAGGCAGCAGCUGCAGCAGCCGAUACCUGUGUAACACCGACUCUACUGGCAGAAGAGGACAAAUCACUGACCACCCAAACAGCGGAAGCAGCAGCAGCAGCAGACACAGUGACCAUAGAAUCAGCAGCGCUGACUGUAGAGACGCCGAUCGUGUCCGAAGAGGACACCCUACUCGGGGACCCAGUACCAUCACCACCACCACUCGACACAGGUAUUACACUGACUAACAACAGCAGCAGCAGCAGCAGCAGCAGUGCUACAGCAGAUCAAGUGAGCUCAGCGGUCAACGAGGAGGAGAAGGCAUGCAGUGUGAAGUCGUCUGUAGACAAUGACAUUGCGCUGCAACGCAAUUCUCAUACAGUAGAUCAAAACUCAGUACCGACCGUGUCUCAAGAACAGGUUGAAUGCGCCAGCAAUCCCACCGCCAACAACACCACCACCAACAGCAGCAGCCCCUGUAACAGCAGUAUUUGUUCUGACAUAAAGUACGCAGUCAGUGAAACAACCACCACCAGCGAAACUGCACCUGGUGUGAUUGCUUCAACAACACAAAUAUCUACACCUCUGUCCGCCACCUUUGUCCCAAUACCUCUAGCUGCUGCACACACAUCGGGCAUUCAGGUUACCACCAUGGAUCUUCUCCAUGUCCACGCAAACAACCCGGUCAAUUCAACUAGUCUUGCCCAGCACGCAAUAGCACCACUGAAAGUGGAGGGAGUGAUCGACAUGAGCCUACCAGCACCCAUCACAGCUGCAUGGAAUUUGGAGGAACUCCUGGCAAGUCAGCAGUGUCUCAGCGAGCUGGAACGAGCCGGCGCGGUGGAUGGGAGCGGCGGCGCAGGUCUGACGCAGCUCAUGCGUGCAGCGGCGGCAGGUAGUGCGGUGCCCACUAAGAGCGUGACUGCAGGCACCAGCACUGGUAGUGGUGCGCCGGGCACCGGCGAUAUGGGUCUUACACUAUUGGCGCAGGCGGCAGCGCAGGAAGAGAAGACCGGAGACGUACCCGUUGCUCUUCCCUCCAUCGGCCACCUGACCAGUGGUGGGUUUACUUCCCUGCCGCCGAAUGAUAGCCAAGCUGUCAUCUAUCAACAGCCCGCCGUGCCGGUCUGUCUACCCGACGUGAGCGUGGAAAACUGUGCGACAUUUGCAGCGAGUGCUGGUGUGGCCAGUUGGACGGACUCUGCGGCCGACCUCAGCCAGUACAACUGGUUCAAUAACAUGGCGGCCACGAUGAACGCUACACAUGCCAUCGUGCCCCAUGUCACCGACCACUUGCCCAUGCCACCCUCGAUCACCAUGGAGACGUUCGCGCAUCCGCACAUGUUACUGUUCGACGGCCUGUCGGCAGCUCCACCACCACCGCCGCACGCACCGGACGUGCACGCGCAGUUCACGGCACUGAGCCGACCGGCCGCUAUUUCCGAACAUGUUGGCGUUGCUUAUCGAGCUCAGCACGUCGGACAAAUGCCGGCGGAUGGCUCGUUGGUUUCGGUCGGACUGGGUGAUGUCACCAAUCCCUUGCAGCAGCAGCAACAGGAAGCGCAAAAGCCACAGCAAACUCAUGAGCAUGCCGCUGUGAGGAGCAGAGCCCAGUCGACGACGGGGACCAGCGGAGCAAGCACUUGUGGAAGCAUAUACCAGCAGCCGAAAUGUGCUUAUUGUGAUCUGAGAUUCAAGACGCGGACGAUCCGAGAUCAGCACGCUAGAUGCUGCGCCAGCAAUCCAUACAAGUGUCCGAGCUGCGGGAAAGCGUGCUUGGGUACAGUCAAAUUGCAACGCCACAUCCGCUCCCAUCUGCGAUCGCGCGCAUCGAGCGAGACGGGCAACGAAAGCGAGGAGCGGCGGGCCAAUGGUGGCCCGGACCCGAAGUGUGCGUACUGCAACGCGCGUUUCCCAUCCAGAGUAGUACGAGAUCGACACUCUCGGAUGUGCAUCAAGAACCCAUAUCGCUGUCAGCUAUGCAGCAAAGCGUUCCUGGGCACCGCUAAGCUGACACGACACAUGCGCUGUCACACUAUAGAAGGUAAUGUGGCAGCCAACAUGGCGGAAGCUGCUCUGGCAAAUGGCACGGUCCCAAACGGCAUCCUGGGAGGGGAAUUCCGCGAUGGUGGCUGCGGGACUGGUUCAGAGGAAACAGACAGCUCUAGCGUCGACGAUGGCAGCGGCAUCGGUGGCAGCAGCGAAUGUAAUGAUGUGGCUAUCGACGACAACACGGAGCGACCGCAGGCUGCUGAUGGCCACAUUCAGCAGGCGACCACAGCUUCCAUUCUGUCUUUGGAGGCAGCUGCUGUCACAGCGCCAGCUGUAAUGGCAAGUAUCAGCGAAGCCAACACCAGCUCCUUGCCCGCUGCUAGUUUAGGAAGUACGCUUGUGGCACAUCAGGUUGGUGCGAUCAAUACGGACAUGGUACCUGCCCAGCCGCAUCUGCAGAACAGUGCUGCCAAUGGUCUGCAAAGCACGCCGUCCUCAAUCACUCCGGCCAUCACAUCCACCGUGCCAAUGAUGGUGGCCAUGCCAUUGCUAAGCUGCUGGUAACCUGUCGUCUACUGUAUCGUCCACCGUCUCAUCUCAACCGAGAAUAGCCUCAAUCACACGCACCUGAUCUAUGUCAACUGACACACCGCAGCCGCUUCUGUUUCGAUCCUGACCAACAUAGCCACAUGGAUAUUACAAUUAUUGCACGGUACGAGCACUUGUCCCAUCUGUUUAACGCACGUGCCUCUAUUACUUCUCCCAUCUCAGAUUCACCAACCCAUCAGCCUUCACGCACCCGGUGCUGCUUGCCUAUUGAUGUCUCGCACGGCAGAAAAGACUGUCCAUUGAGUUAGGAAUGUAACAUUAGAUACCUGUGUAGCUCAGAGUUUGAGUCCAACAGAUGCAACCGCAUGUAUUAGCGAAUUGAUAUGAUACGCUGUGCUGUUGUCAUGCCGCAAUUUCCCAUAGAUGUAUCUGCAGACGGGGAACUAUAGACCAAGAUUUAUAGUUGUAGGCCCAUCCACGUCUCGUGAAGUAGACAUAGCUUUACACGAUAGAUCAUAGUGCACACCACAUUUUGUUUUGAAUUUACUUAUAAAUAGGAGCAUCUAGAGCAUUGGUGUGCUAUUUUGAACAUUCUUUUAGCUAAUACAUGUGCUAUACAAGUUGGUUUUGCCAAGUGA